AUGAGGGCCAAGCGAUCCAAGAAGUACCGCAAGCUCAUGCACCAGUAUGAGCUUACGUUUGGGUUCCGUGAGCCGUAUCAGGUUCUGGUUGACUCUAAUUUCCUCCGCGCCGUCCACUCCUUCAAAAUGGACUUGAUCCCCGCUCUGGAGCGCACUCUUCAAGGCAAACCCAAGCCUCUCCUCACAAAAUGCUCCCUCGCCGCAAUCAUGGCCUCCCAACCCAUCAACCCCAGGACCAACAACCCCUACCGACCCGACCACCUCCCCCCACCCACCACCCUUCCUCUCCGCCACUGCUCCCACAACGCUGACUCGACCCCCAUCGACGAAGUCGAGUGCCUCCUCUCUCUCCUCUCGCCCUCCGCGGAGAGCAAAAAGAACAAGGAACAUUACAUCCUCGCGACGGCGGACCCGCACAACGCCAAGGACAAGUUGCUACGGCGCCAGGCUCGGUCGAUUCCAGGUGUGCCGAUUGUCUAUGUGAAGAGGUCGGUGAUGGUGUUGGAGCCGAUGAGUGAUCCUUCGGAUGCGAUCAGAGAGGGUGUGGAGAAGGGCAAGUUUAGGGUUGGGUUGAAUGAUGAAGCGAGAAAGCCGACGACGGCUGGGGACGGGGAGAAGACGAAGAAGAAGAGGGAUUUGAAGAAGCCCAAGGGACCGAAUCCGCUGAGUGUAAAGAAGCCGAAGAAGAGGGCGCCGGAAGAUACUUCCGGGAAGGCGGAGAAGCCGAAGAGAGAGGCUGAGGAGAGACCUGCUGCGGAGGAGCGGGAUGGAGAGGAUGGAGAUGCUGCGCCGAAGGCGAAGCGCAGACGUCGUCAUCAUAAUCGCGGUGCUGGGAAGACGGAUGGUGAUGAGGGUGGUGCGCAGGAGGCUGCCGCGCCGGCCGAUGCCAUGGAUGAUUGA